CAAGUCAUGUGGUCUCCGAAGAUUUUCCAUCCAGCCUGCCCAGCAGAAGAAGAUUCCAAACCGGUAUUUGGGCCAGCCCAGCCCCUUCACACACCCACACCUUCUCAAACCAGGAGAGGUAACCCCAGGAUUGUCACAGGUGGAAUACGCUCUUCGCCGACACAAACUGAUGGCACUGAUCCAGAAAGAAGCGCAUGGCUGGGAUGGAUUGGACCACACAGUGAUUCUGCUAUCCAACCCCACGUACUACAUGAGCAAUGACAUCCCCUACAUUUUCCACCAGGACACUAACUUCCUCUACCUCUGUGGGUUCCAGGAGCCUGACAGCAUCCUGGUGCUGCAGAGCAUUCCUGGCAAAGCGCUGCCUUCCCACAAAUCCAUACUUUUUGUACCCCGGAGAGAUCCAAGCCGGGAGCUGUGGGACGGGCCCAGAUCAGGCACAGAUGGGGCAAUCGCUCUCACAGGAGUAGACGAAGCUUACACCAUCGAGGAGUUCAGGCAUUUGGUGGCCAAGCUGAAAGGUGAGUCAAACAUUGUUUGGUAUGACUUGACGAAACCAGUGCAUACGGAGCUGCACUCUGACUACAUGCAGCCCCUGGCUGAGAUAAAAGCUCGGAACAAAAACCACAUCCAGGGCAUCCGACAUCUAGUGCAAAACCUUCGGCUGAUCAAAUCUCCUGCAGAGAUUGAAAGGAUGAAGAUAGCUGGACGGGUGACAGCAGAGGCUUUCAUAGAGACAAUGUUUGCCAGCAAGUCCCCAGUGGAUGAAGCCUUUCUGUAUGCAAAGUUUGAAUUCGAGUGCCGGGCUCGUGGUGCUGACAUCUUGGCCUACCCUCCUGUCGUUGCUGGUGGCAAUAGAUCAAACACUUUGCACUAUGUGAAGAACAAUCAGCUCAUCAAGGAUGGUGAACUGGUCUUGCUAGAUGGUGGAUGUGAGUCUUCCUGCUAUGUAAGUGACAUCACACGCACCUGGCCCAUCAAUGGAAGGUUCACCAAACCCCAAGCAGAACUAUACCAGGCUGUCCUGGAUAUCCAGAAGUCCUGCCUGAGCCUCUGCUCCCCAGGCAUGAGCCUAGAAAAUAUCUACAGCCUCAUGCUGAGCCUUAUUGGACAGAAACUGAAAGAGUUGGGGAUCCUGAAGAACAGCAUCACUGAGAGCCACUUCUUCAAGGCUGUUCGAAAGUACUGCCCACAUCAUGUGGGCCAUUACUUGGGCAUGGAUGUUCAUGAUACCCCAGAUAUAUCCCGAUCUCUCCCACUCCAGCCAGGCAUGGUGAUAACCAUUGAACCAGGCAUUUAUAUCCCUGAGGACGAUGUGAGUGCGCCAGAGAGGUUUCGUGGCAUUGGUGUGCGCAUUGAGGAUGAUGUUGUGAUAACAGAGGAUGCGCCUCUCAUCUUGUCUGCUGACUGUCCCAAGGAGAUCUACCACAUCGAGCAGAUCUGUGGCCGCAGCUCAUGAUGCCCCUUCUCUGCCUCUUGCAUCCUCCUCGGGAGACACAGCCCUCCAGUGAUGCAUGCGAUCCCUGUAGCUGGCUGUAGUUGUUAAGCGAUGGAGGGUGUGGACAAUUGAUGGCUGUUUCCAAGACUGGGGCUGGGAAGUGGAAUGCAAAAGGCUUGGGUACUGAGGAAUGAAAAAGCAAAGCAACCUCUUCUGUGUGCAUUUUCCUUCUGAUUUGAUUAGUGCUGGUGUUGAGCUGUUGUAGGACAUGGGGGCGGAUUCAUCCAUCUGCUGUGUGGAUCCAUCUGUUGUGGUGCCCUUGGAGGGAUGAAUUUUGUCAGUGCCACCAGCAGGGCUUCUGCCUGGUCCCUCUCCAGAUGCAUAGUACUGAGCCCGCUUCUACCCUCGGAAGCAGGGCUGUGUUGGCUGUGCUGGACUCCACUGGUGAGCUGCUGGUUGUCACCUAGAUGUGAGGUGUCCUGCUUCUGGGACAGUCACAGCACCUUUCUGGUUUAUGCUGUAAGUGCCAGCAACUUCAGCAGUGUACUUUUGAAGUCUGCCCUGUGGCGAGUCUCAAGUCUUUAUACAGCUUUUAUAUGAAAUUUAAAGUAAUUCUCCUUUUCAAAACUCUGAGGGCACUAUCACAGCUGCCUUUUGGGUUUUGCCAAGUGCAGUCAGUAACUAAUGCUCUGUGAUAAUAUUUUUGAGGCAGCUGCAAAUGUGAUUGGGGGCUAGGAUGGAUGAGGAGUAGAGAGAAGAGUUGUCUUCGCUCAACAUCAGCCUACCACCCAGGCCAUUAGGUGGAUAGUCAGAGUAUCAUCUGGGACCUACACACAUGCUGCAGUGUCCCUUGAAUACAACCAAAUCCAUGAAGAUUUUACAUGACCUUCGUCGAGAAACUCUAAAGAAUCCCGUCUCUGGCUGCACAUUCCCGUGGCUUACCUCCCCAGUCGCCAGUCCCAUCCUGCCAGAUUUACCGUCUGUCACUGCCACGGAAGAGGUUCCUCACUCCAACCACUUGGGUGCAGGAGCAGCUCUCGGUGGCAGCGCAAGUUGCCAGCUGCUUGAUGAAGGCGUUGGUGGGAUCACUGGAAGUGAAAGAGAAAUUGAGAGGGGCAGAGAGACGCGGCCCGACCGACAGCUCGGGAAUCUCCGGUCCUGGCAUCCCCACGCAGCUGCCCCUGUCACGGAGGCCGUAAAUCUCCAAGUGUCCUUCUGAGUGUUCUCCCUCCGGACUUGCAGAGGUACCAGCCUGCAGCCGAAGGAGCCGUAGCCUCCGGCGUGCUCAUUGCACUGACCUCUCACUUGCUGCCAGAUUCCAUAAGGUACCGCCGAGGUUCCUGUGAUGCAUUGCGGAUAUCUGCUCUAACUGCAGUGGACAAGACGGGUGGCAUCAGGAAUACCACCGCUCGCCUGACUCUGGCAGGAGGAAGCCUCCUCCAUAUCCCAGAGGCUAAAAAAGAUCUGAACGUUCGUUAUUCCUCCCUCCUGAAACCUCACCGAAGACCUUCGCAGGACUGCGGAGAAGCCCCUUUAUCUUCACAACCCGCCCCUUUCUAACCAACGGCUGCUGUUUGAUGGGCAUUUGCUGCAGAAGCUGUCUCUGCCAGUCCAACCCCCAGCAGGAGAACAGUAUCUAAAUGCAAAGGCAUUCAUGACAGAGAGCAGUUAAAUGCCAGACAUACUUGAAAUUCCGUCUUCUGAGAACUAUCUGAGUCAGGUACAGCAAGAUAAAUCCAGACCAUAUGACUGCUGGCUGCAUGGCUUUUACCCAUU